AUGGCUCAGGUGUACACACACACACACACACACACACACACACACACACACACACACAAACACACACACACACACUACACACACGCACACACUCACACACAAACACACACACACAAACACACACACACACACCACACACACACACACUCACACACACACACUACACACACGCACACACUCACACACAAACACACACACACAAACACACACACACACACCACACACACACACACUCACACACACACACUACACACACGCACACACUCACACACAAACUCACACACACACACACCACACACACACACACUCACACACACACACACUACACACACGCACACACACACACACUACACACACACACACAAACACACACACACACUACACACACACAUACACACUCACAUACACACUCACACAGAUACACACACUCACACACACACCACACACACACACACUCACACACACACACACUACACACACGCACACACACACACACUACACACACACACACAAACACACACACACACUACACACACGCACACACUCACACACAAACACACACACACAAACACACACACACACUACACACACACACUACACACACUCACACACACACACACACUACACACACACACUACACACACACACUCACACACACACACACUACACACACGCACACACUCACACACAAACUCACACACACACACAAACUCACACACACACACAAACACACACACACUCACACACACAUACACACUCACAUACACACUCACACAGAUACACACACUCACACACACACCACACACACACACACUCACACACACACACACUACACACACGCACACACACACACACUACACACACACACAAACACACACACACACUACACACACGCACACACUCACACACAAACACACACACACAAACACACACACACACUACACACACACACUACACACACUCACACACACACACACUACACACACACACACUACACACACACACUCACACACACACACAGACACACACACACUCACACAUACACACACACCCACUCACGUGAAGGAGGCUUGUCCUUAUGAACACAGAGUGCACUGUUUCUUCUUAUGCAGGGGGUAGGGGGGGGCUGCAUUCCAUUCACACAAACUACACUGAUUUGUUUCUCUUUCAACUCCAACACUGCAAAACCACUCUGUGCCAAAUGCAGGAAAAUGCACAGCAUUAGCCGCCAGCUCCUGAGGGACCUCCCUCCCAUCUUCGGGUCCUUCCCUCUAUCCACCCACUUGCUAUUUCUAUGUCCUUGCCUUUAUCUGUACCCUUUCCCUUCCAGAGCCCUUCUUGCAAAGGGUAUCUGAGUCAAAGAUGGCCUGCUUCAGACCAGUUUCAUCAUCAUUGCUAAAAUCCACCCAUCUGCUCCAGAGCUUGCCUGAAAGGGUGGGGUGCUCAGCUGCACUUUCACCCCCGCUUGCCCGAUUCCCACAGCAAUCCAGCCCCCUUAGCAACAGACUCGAGGUCCAACCAGCUCCUGGUAAAACUGCUUGCCACUCCCAUCCCAGACAGCCGUCUCAUGCAACAGAUGCAGCCUCUCAGAUAACGAGACUAAAGCCAGAAGUUCUUAUGGUUAUAGCUGCCGGCUGAGAUUGCUUCAUUUAGAUAAUUACCAGGUAAACCGCCAUUUGCAUGUUCAGCUACCGUCACUAUUAAAAAAAAAAAAAACCAUAAAAACACCCCAUUGAUGAGAAUGUGUUCAUCAACCAGUAAUGGCAUUUUAUGUCUUGCCUUUCGGUUGUGGCUACAUAAGGCUCCUCUUUACUUCCCCCAUGAUACAACCCACAGCCCUGCAGGACAGUGGUCGUUUACAACAGGUCUUGGAUACGCCCCAUUGCCCCCAGCAUGCUUGCUGAGAAAACUGCUUGCAAGAUGAGCAGCAGUAACACCACCCCAGGAUAUCAGUUUUUAUCUGCGGCUAACACCAUCCCCUCGCACUUGGACAUCUCCAAGUCAUUUGUGACUUCAGUGCAGGGAUCAUUUCGCCAUUAGGACGUUAGGACGUAAACGGGCAGACGCCAGAUACAAAGGGCAGGUGCACAAGACCACAGAGUCUCCUCUCCUCCCGUUUCCCCUCCCAACCUCACUUGGAGUGAGAGGAUGCCCCGCUCCCUGCCUGGGAACCAGCAAACUAGGCCAGAUGGAGGCAGACGGGGAUGGGGAAGGAUGGAGAACCCUGAGAGAGGGGAAGGAAGUAUAAGGGUGUGACCAGUCUGCAGGCUCUGAGUUAGACUUCGCUGCUAACCUGUUGGGUGCCCUGGCUGUUGCAGCUUUGGCCUCCCAUGAAAUCUGAGCUUCCUCUUCCAGUGAGAGAGACCACUCAGAAGAGCCUUGCUUCUGGAAGUAGCAAUCUGUCUGCCUGCACCUGUCAAUCACGGCCCUUGUCACAGUAUUUGCUUUCACUGUGCUCUGGAGGGAAAAGCUUAAAGGCAAACUUGCUCCCUGUUCCUCAGGCAGGCAGCAAGCAGACAGCACAGCACGGUAAGUCCAGAGAGUACACCACAAGCGGUGGGGUGGGCUCCCGAGACCCAUGGCCUCCUCCCCUCCCAGCCCCAUCCCUUCUGCAUUCAUUGCUCCCUGGUCGGCUAAUUCUUUUGUUGUUUUUCAGUUUUGCUGUGGACAGCAAAGGGUCUUUGAGGUUUGAUUUUUUUUUUCUUUUCUUUAUUGCUGAUUUACAACCAACUCCCCUGGUGCUGGCCAACGUCUGAAAGCCACCACAUUUCAUCUCCUCCCAAUACACUACUAACGAGCCUUUCAAAGAAAAGUCCUAGCCAGGCAUUGUGCAGAGCCCACCAGAGCCGUGGUUAGAGAGCACACAGAAUAACUAGAGUAGCCUGUUCCCGCCAGAGAGAUUACUCACACAUGGAGCUGUCCUCUGUGUUCCUAUUGGAAACGCAGUCAAUUCUUUCCCGGGGAGAUCAUAAGCUUCCUGGGGCUGCGGCUGCUCUGGGUGGCUCGGAUCUACCUACAGCAACUGUAAGCCUUCUUCCUUAGCUUCCCCCGCAGACGGACGCCCUCUGCAUCACCAACCGAUUAAGGCAUCCAUUCGGCUCCAGAUGCUGCUGUUCUGAGUGUUGGAGAGUCUGGUUUUGUGAGACUGCUCUCUCUUACAAGGGGAGGACCUGUAACCUGCCCGGCAAGCGUUGGAGCGAUUCGCAGCUUUGGAGCGAUUCGCAGCUGAGCAGAGUGCUUCAGAGGGAUGCUGGGAUGACCACGGAGAGGCCAGGUCACGUCAUCGCUGUGGCUAACCAGAUUUUGUCGAGCUGGACUGCUGGUAUAUCCGGGAAGUGUUUGUGAGCGGAUCGAGCUCUCACUGCUCACCUGUGAACUGAAGUGCGGAUUUCCAGACAGCACAGACAGGAGUUGCUCCAAAGAACCUUUUUUUUUUUUUUUUUUUUUUGGUUCUUUUUUUCGGAGCUGGGGACCGAACCCAGGGCCUUGCGCUUCCUAGGUAAGCGCUCUAACCACUAAGCUAAAUCCCCAGCCCCCCAAAGAACCUUUUUAAACAGGUCCACUUCCCCUGUAUCCUUUUUUCUCCACUACCUCUGGUGGGUGGUGGGCUACAAGGAAGGUUAAAACGUUUCAAAAACAAUCAUUGAAAAUAAGACUUAAAAAAAUUAAAAUUACACUCGAGUCCCAACAAAAGGAGCUUGACUACCAAACGUAAGGGGACCAAUACAUGUGUGUCAUUAGCAGAGAACCCUUCAUCCUGUGUCCUUUCAGGUGCUUGCUUUAGCAAAACGUCCUUCACUUGGUUUCCCUUCAAAACAAAACAACAAACAAAACAAAACAAAAACCACUCCUUCACGUCUCUGCCUCCAGCAAAACACCAUCCAACACAACUGACUUUCCAAAGAACCCUAAAGUUCCCACUUCAGGGUGACAAGUGUAUAUUAUCCAGGAGACCUGGGGUGCACAGCUCCCCCUUUUUAAAAAAGCUGCUUAGAGGUAACACCCAUUAGCUUGGUGGUCCAGAGCUGCUGUGACCUCCCACUCUCCUGAAGAAUGAUUGAUGGCUUGCUGUAGACCACCAGCACCUCCCGACUGGCGCUGCACCUGCUUGCCCAUCACAGAGCCCAUGACUCUACCUGUGCUCAAAACUCAGCCCAUUGCUGUCCCUACAGAUGCCAUCUACCACAACAAGAUGUGACCAUCAACGUCACCUGCAGCUCUCUGCAAUGGACCCAACCCUAAGCCCCACUGGAACUGUCACUGAAAACAAGUGGCAACUAAAGAGAAAUUAGGUCAUGACGGGGGAGUGUUGUUAUAGAAGAGACAUCAAAAAUCCAAAGUGCCCAAUGUGCUUUCUUUCCCGUGAGCUCCCUCACCUCCCAGUGAAAGGCCACAGGGACAAUGUGGAAAAACAGCCCCCUGCAGCUGAGGCAGAGUCUCCAUGAGAAACUGACUCCUGCUAGACUUUGAUCUACACCUUUUAGCCUCUAGAAUUGAAGGAAGAUAAACUCCUGUGGGUUUGCCCUUCAGGCUACAGGUGUGACGGUGGCCCAAGUGGACCCGACAGCAUCCCUUGUGAAAAAUGCCAUACGUCUCAGGCUGGUCUCCCUACCUCGAGCUGCGUGAGCCCUGUUCUCAUCAUCUUCAUCUGCAGUGCCUCUCACUGUGCUUGGAACAAGGCUGCUCUUUAUUGUCCAUUACAUAGCUAAGGGGCCUACGGGACCUAUGGAUUUUGUAAGAAUGGGAGGACAUGCCACUUAGACAACUUGUCCUUUCCAGAUGAAGCAGGCCAUGGCGCCAACCCUGAGAAAACAGGAAGAGUAAGAUACACAAGUCUUCCCUCUCCUUCCUCACACAACACAAUAGCUCCUGGGACCUGAAGAGUAAGUGAGUGGGAGGUCGCCCUUAGUGAUACCCAUGAGCGCCAAAGAGCUGGCCUACACCACAGCCCCUGGGAGCUGCCACCCUGAAACCCCUCUGGGUAAAUCCACAGAUGUUCAAGAUGGAACAGGAGUGUGCCAAACCAACAGAACCGCCCGAGAAUGAGCGUCCACACGCCCUGAUCACACCCGCCUCCCCAGAGACCUUCGGUCAAUCGUUUAUUUUCUUUGUGGUGUUUUACCUGUUUAUCUAUUGACUAACAAACAGAAAAGAGAACACAGCAGAGACUGGGAGAGAAGUUACUCUUCAGUGGCUAGGGCCAAGCAUUGGGGGUGGGGCAGAGGCAGACAUAGGCGUUAAGAGGAGCUAGCAGGGGUUGGGCGGUCUGAAGGCCUGCAGAAUUAGGGACAAGGAGAAAGUGACAACUGCCACCAGAGCUUUUAAUUCAAGAGCAAUGGCCAAAGGUGACACUGGGUAGACUGGCAAAUGACUUUGUCACACCAUGUGACAGAAACUGCCCUGCCUGGUGGUGGGAGUUGGUCGGCAGGAGGAGAGGGAGGUGCUGACUCCCUUUGGAACAUGGGUAUCACAGCGGUGUGCACACCGUUGCUCUCUCUUUCUUCUUUUCAGUUGUUUUGCCUUUGAUGUCAGGAGAGGCAAGUGGAUCUCUGAGUGUCAGAGACCAGCCCCUGGUUUCCAAUAGGGCUCCGCCUUUUACACAGUUCCUUUUCUGUCACAGAGUGCAGUGGGACACUUUGACCAAUGCCCCAUACUUGCAUCUGUAGUUCAAGUAUACAGAAUACCCCAUUGCCUAAAACCUCUUGUUCUUCAAGGUCGGCACACCUUUGUCUUUCCCAUAAUGCCACAGAGCUGGAAGCCGACAGCUCUGUCACCUUUUCAGACUGGUUACUUUAUACUAGCAAUAGCCAUUUAAGGUCCAUUUCCUGUAUAGUUUUGUGGUUUGAUAGCCAAUUCCUUUUCAGUGGUGAAUAAUAUUCCAUUGUAUGGAUGUACCAUAGUUUGCUACUCUAUCCAUUGAAGGGCAUUUUGGUUUCUUCCAAAGUUUGACUGCUCUGCAUGAAGCUUCUGUCAACAUGAUGCAGGAUGUUUGUCUCACUCAGGGAACAGGAGGAAGUACAAAACCCCUCAUACCACACUGCAGGGUUGAGUUUUGUGAGAAGCUAGUUUUGCUCUUCCUGGUGCAGCAGCUGCUUUUACACUGAUCUAACUCCAGGCUCAACAAUGUCCCUUUAGCUCCCACCUUCUACAGUUCCUCCAUUCCAUCAGGCUCUACCACCCGCCAUCAAUGCUCCUCCCUAACGUCUGUGACCUCCCCCUUCCCCAAGACUCUCUUUUCUUUCACUGAGGGGGUCUUCUCUCCCAGGGGCCUUAAAUGGUGCAGGUCCUGGAGGUUCUUGGCUCUCUCUUCUCUACUUAUUUUCCUCUCCUCCUCCUCCUCGCUGCCCACACCCUCUUCUGCUGCCUAGAAACAGAUCUCUCCACAUCUACUUCUUCAGCCUCAGUCACUUCUUCUAAAGCUCUAUAUUUAAACACCCAGCCACCCAACAGACAACUUACUUGGAUACUCCCUCUCAACAUCCUUCCUUCAAAACCUCUUCCUUUUCUUGUAUCCCCACCUUGAUAAGGGGCUGCAGGUUUCUUUAGUCAACCUGGUUCCCUCACCCGAAACUGUUCUCUCCUUUCCUCCCUUCCCCGUGACCCUGCAGCAAAUCACCAAGUGCUCUGAUUUGAAAGAGUACACAACAGAAACGAAGACCAGAGCUUUGCAGUCAGACACCUGGGCUUCCGUUCCAGCACCACUAUUUACUUCGGGCAGCUUUCUUUCUUUUUUUUUUCUUUUUUUCUUUUUUUUUUUUUUUUUUUUUUUUGGUUCUUUUUUUCAGAGCUGGGGACCGAACCCAGGGCCUUGCACUUCCUAGGCAAGCGCUCUACCACUGAGCUAAAUCCCCAACCCCUUCGGGCAGCUUUCUAAAUGACUGUUUCCCCGUGUAUGCUGGCAAUCACAACUCACUGGCCGGAGAUGUGGGCACACUGAAGGACGUCUGGCAGCUGUGCUCAGAGAGAUAAGCACGGUCCUUGUUCUGUCUUCUCUGACAGCACUGCCUGGAUCCGGUUCUCACUGAUAGCUGCUCUUUAACUGGACAUGGAGAAUGUUUUCUGUAGCCCCUAUCUGUGAUGACCUAAAUGUAGAAAGUGCACCGAGUAAAGAAGUAAAUCGGAUUUCGGCGUGUACAUGGAAA